CGCGAGGAAGACCGGAGAGAGCAGGGCAGACAGGCAGUGAGAGGGUGGUGCUCGCAAGCUCUCUUCCAAGUGGAGGAAUGAGGCUGCAGACCAUUCGGAGCUCCUCCUGGGAUCGGCUUUCGCGUGCUUCCCGUGACAAAGUGAGGCAGGAGAGAGCGAUGUAGCUGCGUGACGCGUGCACAUCACCUUUGGACGGACCUUCAUCCCUUUUUCCAACGCUUGAAGCGAGCCUCCUGCAUAUUUGCCUCUGUCGCAGUGGGUCCUGCGCGAUCGCAGAAAUGUUCGCCGCCGCUCCGAGGAGACUGGUGGAAUGGAAGUCAGAAUUCGAUGAUGGACCAUCCUUCAAUUCAUUACAAUUGUGCAUGUAAUUACGGCGGACGAGGCAUUUUCAUGGGAGAACUUUGAAUUCCGGCGGCCUGUAAUAUUUGGAAAAUUGCAAUUUUUGUGCGCAUUGUGCAAAUGUAAAGAUUGUUUCUACGGAGGAAAAAAACGAGCAAAGAAUACGUGCAACAAAAAAAAUCCAGAGCGCCAGAGAUGAAAGUAGCGUUGUGUACAGGGAAUCUGGAGGCGGAUACCUUUCACAAUUCACAAUGAAUGCUUGCUUUUGGAGGCUGAAGAUGCUUGCAGUGACCUAAAAGGAAUAAGCAAACAUAUGCUUGCAUGAUGACGCCCUUGAAUGACUGACGCAGGAGGGCUCUAGAGUGAUUUUUCCCCCCUCAGAAAAAGAAUUGGGGUGUCCUGGCUGUGAACGUCAAUCAGGCAAUACCAAAUUGUUCUGCUUAUGCAGCCUGGAUUGCCUCAUUAUUGGAUUUGCUGUUGAUGGCAUGUCACAACCUGCAAGCCCUCCGUAUGAGGACAAAGAUUCAUCCCGUCGUCAUCUGGAGGCUGGUCAGUUAUCGACGAUGCUUUUGGCAAUUAAACUGGCAGCUAAAUUUCAGUGACACUUGAAAAGAAAAUGCCCGACAAUAUAUUGUGAAAGAAAAUAUAUAUAAAAAUGCGUGUAAUUAUUUAAAUAAGUUAUUUAUUUUUUAAUAUAUUUAAAAAUGAAAUGGAAUUUCUUUAAUAUUAGCAAUGCAAAUAAGCAGUGACGCUCAGAACAAAACAAUCUGCAUUGAGAAGAUAAUUAAGCUUGGCUUGGUAUUUAGCUUUGGAUACUAUUGUUUUGUGACGAACACAAUAAGGAGAUGCCCUGCUUGUAACAGUGUAUCAAUUUCAGUAUUCAGCAUUGCUAGCUUUCAGGAUCAAUUUAGGUCUGUUUGAAAUCGAAUACACAAUUAGGAUUUUUCCAGCCAGCAAUUGCCUAAAGGUGUGUUGAAUCAGCAGGGCUGAAGACAUUUUAGCUGCAGUAAUUAUCCUACACAGCUGCUGAGCCUGAUAUGAUUGAGCUGAGCCACAAAUUUCGCUGUAUCGACGGAUCUCAAUGCGAGGCACAGAGGAUCAGAUUGUAGCCGGAGGCUGAGAUCACUUUGCGGCCAUGAGGAAGUAAUUGAUCAGCGCUCACGCCUGAUUUCUUACUGACCGUUAAGAGCACGGAGCCCUCUGGGGAAGGCCUCCAGGAGGUGGCAGCGGUGUGUGGCAGCAGGAAGGGGAUUGUGGUGAUCUCCGGCAGCCAGGAUGCCUGAGCCGGCAGCAAGCUAUGGGGCCUGUGAAAUUACCAUUGGACCACCGGCUCAGGAGGAGGCCGAAGUUAUGCCGGAGGAAGGAGCGCCUGCGGAGUCAACGGUGGAAAAACCGGCGAGGCCAAAUGCGUCGCCGCUCCGGGUUUGCCGACGGCUCGAGAUGCUCUGCAUCAUCCCGAUGGCCAUUUGCUUCGUGGCCCUUGGGCUCUGCAUCACGGGCCUCAAGUGGGUGUUUGCCGACAGAAGUUCGGAGCCAUCUCCUCCCUACACAGACUUUUAUCCAGAUCCAAAUCGGGUUGGCCAAGAUCAACCAGUUAUCCCACCGCCUCCUACACUGCACAACAAUCGCUCCAUCAACCCAGAUACAAAGUUUCCCAGUUCAACGACCCCGACCUUCAACUGGAAUCAAAAUCAAAACUCCAACAUGGACAUGACUGUGCAUUCGACCCGGAACCGGACUACCCACCACCAUCCUCAUCACCCAGAUCGAACCAAGGUCAACAUCAACCGACCGACAUUUGACUCAAACAGAACUCCAACGGUUAACCUCAACCGAAAACCAUCCCAAAAGCCGUCUUCCGUCACGAGAACUCCGUCAAAAUUCCAUACCCCCCGUGUGUCUAUCAACCACUCCACGCUUGUGCCACCACCAAUAUUUCCACCUGUUCCUACAUCCAAUCUGUCCCCCAUCGCUCCCCCAUCUUCCUCCUCAUCCAUUUCCGAGUUUGAGGAUGGAUAUGUGAGCUCCGCAGCGCCGGAGUCCGGAGAGGACUCGGAGGAGGAAGAAAACACAGCGGUGGUCGAUACAGGCGACGACUGGUCUGGGCACAAGCGCGCCUGCAACGAGACGGAGCGGGGCUAUUGCGUCAACGGAGGCCGCUGUUUCGUCGUCGAGGGCACUGACAUCUACACCUUCUCUUGCGUGUGCAAAGAAGGCUACUUUGGAGUGAGGUGUAUGGAAACCGAGCCCCGAACUGAUACAGUUAUUAAUGGCAAAAGGCACCUGGGGAUUGAAUUUAUGGAAGCGGAGGAGCUGUAUCAGAAGCGGGUGUUGACCAUCACAGGGAUCUGCAUUGCUCUGCUCGUAGUUGGCAUCAUGUGUGUUGUUGCCUACUGCAAAACCAAAAAGCAGAGACAAAGGCUGCAGAACCGGCUGAGACAUGGAAUGCAUGGAAUGAAUGCCAAUCCACCAAACGGGCCCCACAAUCAGCCACACCCACCACCAAGUCCAGCACCAGCUCCCGACAACAGUAUUCAACUCCGGAAUUACAUUCAGAAGAACCCGGGUCCGCCUGAGAACAGGACGGAGCAGGAGACAGAUUGCUCUUUCUCCACCAGCCACCACUCCACCACUCCCACCAUGUCACCCAGACACAACUGCCGGCAAUGCUGGGGCUCGGGCCAUUCGGAAGGGAGCGUUACCACGGAGACGCGAUCUGGAGCGCUCACUUCCACCGCACCGUCGUCACGGGAGACGAGCCAGAGAGCCAAUCAGGUGGCUGCGGCGGCUGCUGCUGCUGCGGCGGCGGCGGCAAGAGGGCGACUCAAUGCUGCCGGAGGCCCAUGCGACACGCCGAGCCGCCACCCUGCCCAUGACUACCCCGACUCGCCGCUUAGCGACCGCUACGUGUCAGCCGUCACGACGCCGGCACGGAGCUCCCCGGUCGAGCUGUACUUCCCGCGGCACAACGGGCACGCGGCAGCGGCGGCGGACGGCGCGCAGAGCUCGGCCCACUCGCCGAGGCCGCCCCCACUGCCGCCGCUGGGCACGGCGGCGCAAUGCGCCGACAGCCCCUCCGCGCGGCUCUGGCGGCCCCCGAACCAGCACCAGCAGCAGCAGCACCGGGGCGGCUGGGGCGACGCGAGCCGCGGCGGCAGCUGCAGCAGCAGCGUGCCGCCGAGCCCAGCGUGGUUCCUGGAGGAGGAGGAGUACGAGACGACGCAGGAGUACGAGAUUCCGCCCGACGACUACCCGAAGCGCGCCGCGGCGCAAGCGGCGGUGUCCGUGGCGCCGGUGAAGGGUCUCAACAGGGUGAAGCAGUCGUCUCGACGCAACGGCAAGCGGAAAAAUGGCACGGUGAUGGCCGGUGCCACCAAGGGCCCCAUCGCCUUCGACUUUAGCACGGGCAGCAGCGGCACGGAGUCCGACGAGGAGGAGGAGGAAGAGAGUGAGUUUGAGAUUGGUGAGAACACGCCCUUUCUGAGCAUCCAGAACCCGCUCUCCGCUGCCUCUUUCGCCAACGGCGAUGGGACGGCCGUCGUGUCUCCACGGUCCUUCUCAGGCCAGUAUUCUGGCCCCCGGCUGGGCAGCCAGUCUCCAUCCCGGCUGGUGGGUAACGGACGGCAAAACUCGCUGUCGUCGGCGUUCACCACCAGCCAGUUCAGCUCGGAAGAGGAGCUCCAGGCGAGGCUGGGAAACGCGCUCCGUAGACAGGAUCCCAUAGCCGUCUAAACUUGCUUUCUCGAGAAAACAAAAAAAAAAGGAUCGAACCCUUGUCUGUUGUUGCUUCAUUAAACUGAACGAAGUAUUUAAUAGAUGCAAGUUAUUCAACAUAAGUAACGCACAUGCUGAAUUAGUGAAAUUAACAAGACUGUUUCAGAAACUGCUCUUUGCAAAUCCUAGUGACUCUUCUAAUUGGGUAUUAUGCAGCAUAGUGCCAUAUUACACAUUGUGUAGGAUUUGCAUUAUAAAGACUGCAUAUUGUAUAUUGUAUACAAGAUAUGUUAUUUUUUGUGCCUUUUUGUCUUUAUUUAUACUAUAGCAGAGGUCAAUCUGGGCAUUGAUAAGCCUAAAUCAUGAUUAUUGAGUGAUGGCUUGGUUCAUACGAAACUAUUUUGCAAUGUGCUAAUGAUAUAAAUCAAUAAGUCAAUUGCAGGCAACGUUGACAAUUGUGCAUACAAAUUUACUGUCGUUAAAAAGACAGGAAAGCAUGUAACUAUGCACAUGAGCAGAUUCAUCUUAGUAAACGUGCUGUUUUCAAAAUGUGCUGACAGAUAAUCUUUCGUCUCCCAUGAAUAUUGGUGGGUGGGUGGCUUAAACCACAAUAAUAGCAUUUUUUAAUACAUAUUAUAAAUCAUUAAUUCUUAAAGUUGUAUGUUUUUGAAACUGUAAUAUUUAUUAGCCAUUUCUUUAUUAACGUUAAUAUUUAGGAUCACAGUACGUGUGUAGAUUUUUAUAUUAAAUUCCUAAUUUUGUAUUUCUUUUCCUUAAAUAAUUUUACAUGUGUUUUUGGGUUCUAAUUUUCUUAAGAGUACAAUCAUGGUAAAAAAAUAAUUAUACACAAAAAUAACUGUCUGAAAUCAUCUAUUUAAAACAGGCCUUUGUUUCUAUAUAUGAUACGAUACUUAAAAGUUUGAUAUGCAGUUUUAAAUAAAGCAUUUUAACAAAACACCUUUUUCCAAAGCUGAUAAUUACGUUUACAAAUAAACUUGGUGGACGCUUCACGAAAUUUUAAAAUUGUGGUAAUUUGUUUAUUGGCAUAUUACAAAAUCAUUUAACCAUAUUUAUUUUAAAUACAGUCGGGACAUCGAAAUAUACCCUAACACCUUGUCAUCACUUAGUAGUCAUGAUUUUAAAAAGGACUUGUGCAAUAUUAGGAGCCAAACUUGUGUAAGGUAGACAAAGCUGUACAUUGCGUGCAUCCCAUUUUACAGAAAUUGUUUUGUAUAUUGACAUAUGACAUUAUACAAGUCCACGGAUAUUUUUUUUACAGUACCUUCCUGUUAACCCCAGUCCAUCCCUAAUAUUGCACAUGUCUUACGAGGCAUGGGUGGAAAUUGCAGUAUGGAAUAACUAUUUCUCAUGUUAUAACCAGCCCUGCUGUACCGUGUACAUUCAAUAGAACUUUACUGAGCAGUAGGUUAAGCAUACUAGAAUCCUUCUUUCCCUUGCCAAAGUUUGUAAUGUUUGAAAGAAGCGAUUCCAUUAAGCAUGAGAUGAGACUAAUGCCUGCAGAGAAUGUAUAUUUCUUUUGCGUUUCGGCCAUUCAAAUCAUGUUUUGCUUGUUUCUUUUCAUUUGUAGCCCCCACUGAAUACGAACUUAUCGUGUCGACGUCAAAGUUUCCGAGUGUGCAAAUGCAUAAGGAAUUGUAAAUUUCAAGUAUUUUUUACUUGCAUCACAUGUGGUUUCUCUCUAUAUCUGAUGUCGGUAUGCAAAUGAUUUGUACGUUUACUGGAAGAAGUGUUGCUGCAAUGGGAAGUCUUGGCAUUUGCAAAUUAUGAUGUUUGGCUCAUGGACAUGUGUCUGCUUGGUGUGUCCUUUUAUUGUAAAAAAAAUACAAUCAGAUCAACAUUUUGGCCAAAACUAGAAUAAAUUAAUAAAAUGUAUUCUACUGAAUAUUUUAAUAAUUUAUUACAAAUUCUAUUCACCUUUAACUCGUAUUAUAUUUUACAUGAGGCUAACAUGGAUUGGUUUGUCAGCCACAAAUAUAACAUUUAGAUUUACAUGUCUGAAAAACAAAAUGUACAAGUUAGCACGUGCGUGUGUGUGUGUGCAUUUUUGAGUUAAUGAAAUCAUCGUUCAAGGGAACAAAAGUUGCAUUUAUGUUGAUGUCAUGUGCAUAAAAUAUGUGUGAGGGGUAAUCUAAAGGUUUUGAGAAUUAUGGACUAAAACAACUCGAAUAAAAUAUCUGCCUUAUUUUUAUCGCAAUAUAUGAACAUUCUAAAAAUUAGGGGUGUAAUAUUUGCAUAAUUUGACCAAUCAAUCUAAAUUCCUGAGCUUGAAAUGCAUGCCGAGAGUGGCAAGUGGGAGAAUCGACAUUUUGCAAUUCAUUCGUGUUAUGUAAUGAGCUCACGUGAUCCCCUGCAGUCACUCGAGGCCGCUACAUUUGCCAGAAUGAUGACACAAGAAUCGAACCGUGACCCUAAAUUGCGACGAUCCAUUGCAUUGCAUGGGCAGUUGCAUCAUUGCACCCCUACCGAAAUGGAACACAAAGCUGCAAUUUUACCUCGGGCAAGUCCAUUCUCACUCGAUAUUACUCACUGGAAAAAUACACCACGGUAUUAAGUUGUGAGUGCAUAUUUCAAACCGGGCCUCAAACAUGUUUUGAUCACCCUUCAUGGCAUUAUUUCCACACGCUAAAAGGCCUAUAAGCUGUACCUGGUAGGAAAUAAUUUUUUAUUAUAUAACAAGAUAUAUUCACUUUUGGACCGUACCAAAAAAACGCUGUUUCCACAUGAAUAAGCAAAAACUGAUGAAAUUAUUACAAAUGUAAAUGUAUUAUUUAAAUAGUUUCCAGGCACAAGACCUCCACAAAGGGGUCGUGUGUGCAUGAUUUCACCCUCUGCUUUGUUGAUGUUCUCAAAGCUCAAAAUGACAUUUGUGUGUACUUGCCGUAGACACAAACUUUUUUUAAUUUCAGGUUUUACCCUGCCAUUAGAAAACAGAGUGUUGUGAUAUUGCGCGUAUUAAAUGGAAUCACAGAAAUACAAAUAUUAUGAUGCUAGAAAGCUGACAACUGCCAAAACGAUGACUCACAGUCAUCACCCCAGAGCAGCGAGUUAAAUGUGUAAAAUGUUAAUGUUACAUUUACGUGAGGAAUGCAUUGCUAAUGUUAAGAUAUUCUCUUUUUAAUACAGCCAACCUUUAUACAUCACUUGACAAAAGCCACAUAGUCUUCUAUUGAGAUGGUUUUCCUCUUAGAAAAUUAAUAAAUUAAUAAAUAUACACAUAGGCCAAACUUUGGCGAGUGUUUUUUUAGUAUUUUAAGUCACGUUUCUAAUUAAUAUUUCACUAAUUAUUAUAUUUCAGGAUCCAGUGUGACUCCCUGAGAGCUUUUUGCAGUAAUUUGCAUGCCCUUUUCAUCUGAGACUAUUUCAUUUUGGUUCGAUUAUUUUAUUUUCACUAAAAUGCACCCUCUCAAAUUGAAAGUCUCAACGCAAAAUCAAACAAUAAUACAAUGUGCUUUAUUUUUAUGAACAAAAAUGUGAUAGGGUGGUUUAUGGGUAGUUGGAACAAAGUUACUAUCUGUAGGCAUUAGCAAAUAACCACUUCUCUUUUGUUUUAAUUUUGACAUGUAUUCUAUGGUAAAUUAAUAGUUUGAAGGUUUAACAAUUCUAUUUAACCACUUUAUUUUUUUUUUCUGCACAUAUGUAUUGCUUUAAUUAUUGCUUUUUUGUUGGAAUAAGCAUUUCAUAUUUUCGUGUGCUAAUGUGCCCAACCGAUUCCAUAUGGACCCAGUUAUUCUUGCAAAGACUUAAGAGGAAUAUUUUUAUUUCUCUCACAAAUAAGGAUUUUAGCGGGGGAAAUAACUAGGUACAGCUGCAUUAGCGGAGUGUUGUAAAUACUUUUUUUCAUUUCUCCACAUAGAAUAGAGUGUUAAUGUUAUUUAUUUACUUGCAUAAUUGUUAUAUCAAUCAGCCGUAAGCAUUGCAUACCAUAUUAAUGUUUGUUUUAUUAUACGCCAUCUUUUCCACAUAUUGUUGCAUCUACAAAUAGGACAUAAGUGUUUAGAAUAGGAAACAUGUUUAAUUUAUUUCAAAGAAAAUGGUUGAGCUUUUUAAGAUUUUACUACUUUAUAAUAAAAAAGACGAGUUUACAUCUAAACAUCCUGCAUUGAAAGUUAUCCCAAAAUUGUACGUUUAAAUCUGUGGACUUUCCAACGAUCAUUUUUGCUGUACGUAUGUAGGGCUUUGCUUCUUUUUUGUUUAAAAAAAAAGCUCAAUAAUACAAAAAAAAAGUUACAUAAAACAAAAAAUGGCAAAAAACCCAUUUAAAAAUUGUAAAAGAAAAAGAACAAAAAUAAAAGAAAAAUUAUAUAUGUAUUUAUAUAUAUUAAAAAAUGACCUAUGGGGGUCUUUCUUUUUGUUGUUUUGUUUGUCAGGUCGCACAGUUGCUUGCCCUGGUCCACAAAAAGGAAAUCUUAAGCGUCCCUGCUGUUGAUGUAUAUUAUGCAUUGCAAAUGACCAAACCAAGACAUUAAAACAAUAAAAU